GGUGUACUACGGCGGGAGCAAGCAGAUGUGGGACGUCGCGCAGGAACAUGCGCUUGCGAUCCUCGAGCUCGAGACCUACAUAUUUGGGAGGACUGCUCUGACGGGAACUUCAAGGUGGAUCGAGUGGAAUGUUCAGCAGUGGUUCCUCACAGGCGCAAGAGCUGGUGACUGGCGCGGUACCUUUCUCACCGUCCUCAACCGCUCCUACGCCCUCAUCCACAUCCCCGGCACUGUAGGUUUCAUCGCAUUCUACUACUACAUGUCGCCGACCUUCUCACGCUUCGCCAUCGCCCGCCGGACCAUGACUCUGUGCAACCUCUUCGCCUUCGUGGUGUUCAUCUUCUACCCUUGCAUGCCGCCGCGUCUGCUUCCCAUGGAGUACGGCUUUAUCGACACCGUUAACGGAGAGGAUGCUACCUCUGUCUGGAUGAGCGGCAACUUCGUCAACCGUCUGGCGGCCAUGCCUAGCAUGCACUUUGGCUAUGCCUUUUGUAUCGGGUGCGUCUUCAUGUAUGAGAGCGCUGCCCUCAGUGGAGCGAAACAAAUGUACCGGCGAUUCGGCAAGACCCGGAACCCCAGCGAGACUUGGCUUCCGGUGCCGGGCGCGGACGAGGAGAACCUGAACGCUUCCCCCAACCACAUCAGCCUCGAGCAGCCCGGCAGCGGCGGCAGCAGCACCAUCAACACCACUAGCAGCAGCAGCGAGCGUUCCGUCCCAUCGCGCAUUGCCUUCUUCGCAUUUGGUGUGUGGUAUCCCCUCUGGGUGCUGCUGACUAUUAUCGCGACGGCGAACCACUAUCUCAUGGAUGCCAUGGUGGCCUCUCUGGUGGUCGUCAUGGCCUUCACCUGCAACCGGAUCCUGAUGAACUUCCUACCGCUCGAGGAUCUGCUGCUGUGGGCAUGGAGGCUGGAGAAGCCAGUGCCCACUACUGGCAUGCGACGGAGACGCCCCU